UAUUUGUUAGACAGAAACACCUGCUUCAUACUGCAGCACAUUAGAUGACAUUCUUCCACACCUGUGAAGCACCGUGUCAAUUUUUUGCACAACUGACAUCUUCAGUUCAUGAUUCUGUCUGCAUAACCGCCAACUCUGAUCACAAACAGGAAAUUCUUUCUGUUUCCUCCAGUUGAUUGUGAAAAGGUUCUGGAACAUUUUCUGUGUUCAGACGAGCAAUGAGCUGCCAACACAAUCUGUUAUUUUUACUCCUCUGUGGCUUCGCUGCACUCUCUGUCUCACAAAAGACAUGUGGGAAAGAACUACUAGUGGGAACAUCCUGCAUCAUUAAGAUGACAACAAAAAACAACGAGAAACCUACUGAGUUCAAAUGGACCCAUGACACAAACGGCGACAUUCUUCGCUUGAGAGAUGGGAAAAUCAAAAAUGCUGAAGGUGUAUCUAAGGAAGAAGAUGGAUCAUUAAGAUUUGAAAGUGUUAGUCUGAAGGACACGGGCACAUAUACAUACACCGCAUAUAAUUCUGAUGGUACAGAGAUUGGUAAAGAAGAAGUGGAAAUUAAAGUAUAUGCAAAGGCCCCUAAACCUACUGUGAUGUUCAACUGCACCACCACCACUACUACUCUCAUCUGUAACACGGGAAACAGAAAAGAUCUGACUGUAUCCUGGUAUGAAGAAGGCAAACCCAUCCCGAAUGAUAAAAACACACUGGUAUUAACACCUACUCAAUUACAGGGGAAUAAAUGGUACUCAUGCAAAGCGCACAAUCCUGUCAGCAAAGAAGAAAGUGAAAGAAAAACAGUAUCAUGUGAUGGCCCAGGUCUUACUAAACUCUUUGGCUUUGAUUUCUGGCUCAUGGUGGGCAUCCUAGCUGGCGGAGGAGCCCUUCUAUUGCUGCUAGUUUGUGUUCUCGUCAUCUGUGCAUGUCGAAGCUGUCAUCAACGCACAAAGCGCAUACAAGAUGAAGAAGAGUUCAGGCUAGCAGAUCUUACCCCAGCACCUACCGGUACAAACAGAUCCAAACAGACCGCUAGGGGGCAACCAGCGCCCCCCAUCCCGCAAGAAGACCCCAUGCCCUGCAACCCAUCUCCGGAAACCCCGCCUCGAACCCAAAAUCAACCCAAAGCCCAGAUCCGUGCUAGACCCCCACCACCGCCUCAGGACGACGAUGAGGAAGAUCCGCCUCCUUUACCUCGCCCGAGGAACAAACAGCACCGAACCAAGAGAAAUCAAGAGCCGUACCGACCAAUGGAAUGAGAUGCCUGAAUGUUCACUGAAGGAUAGUAAUAUGGGACUUUCUUAGAGUGAUUUUUAUUGACUUAAAGCCAUAUUUUGAUGGUAAGGGUGUCAUUAAAGAAAUGGUUUUCUAAAAAUGACAAUUCGAUCAUAUACUCACCCUCAUGUUGUUUCAAACUAUUAGCUAUUAUUACGAAACUAUUUUCUUUUUUCAUCUUAGGCAGAAUGUCCAAGCUGUUCUUGUCCAUAUACAAGGAAAGUAGAUGGUGAUUUAUAAGCUUACCAUAUAAAAAAAGUCCUUACGAAUUGUGCGCUAUAUUGUCUUCUGAAAUCAAUUUAUGUCAUGAUUUACAAUGCAAAAUAUUGACUUUUUUGUUAGCGAUUAACAAAAUUGAAUCUUCCAAACCAUGUUUUGUCUUACCUUAAAUCAUUAUAAAUAUAUAUAUUUUUCUCUUUAUUUAGAUUUUUAAAAAAAGUAAUAUAAUUAUUUAUUAAUUAGCAUACAAUAAUUAUUUACAUUUUAGGCCCCGUCCACACGGAGACGAGUUUCAGUGUAACUGCACAAAUUUUUUUACGGAUAGGCGUUUCGUCCACACGGAUCCGGCAUUUUCGAAAGGUGAAACCGAAAUUUUUUGAAACCGGGUCCCAGAGUGGAAAAAUUUGAAAACGCCGGCUUGGCGUUGUCGUGUGGACGGGGCAAUCCGUAUAUUUUCUGAAACGAUGAUGUCAUCACCCCACGUGUCGACCCUAGUCAGACGCGCUAACACCACAAAACAGCACCAACAACAGCAAUAGCAGACUCUACAUGCUUGUGUUUGUGCUGCAGAAGCUAGUGAACCAAAAUAAAGUGUUAUUUCUAAGCUUUGCUAAAGUUUGUAUUCAGCGCGCAAGGUUUAUGCGCAUGCUCCAAGUCUUCUUCGCUGCUUUAAGUGGAUUUCUGCGGCAGAAUUACAGCGCCACAUAAUGGUCUGGCAUGUAUACUACAUCGUUUUGAGUCGUUUCAGUGGUUUCGUGUGGACGCAGAUAUUUUUUGAGACGAGGAAAAAAAAAGAUCGGUUUAGGGUAAGCUCCGGCUUCGUGUGGACGUAGCCUUAGAGUUUUUGGGAUUUCACGUAAACUGCAUACUUUCAUCAUUCGUCUGUGUGUGUUUACGUCAAAUCCGUAAAUAAAGGAAAGAAUGUUUAUUAUAUAUAUACCAACCAAAAAGAGUUUGCAAGCAAUAAGAGAAAGCUACAGUACCAGUAAUAAAACAAGAAUCAACAUAGUUUCCAUAGCAUCCAUUUGCUGUGCACUGACUAAGUUCACAAAACAAUGUUUAUGUUGAUAACUGUAAUACAUCUCUUAACCAGUGAUUUCUUUGGUCUAUUUGCCUAUAAAUAGUCUUGCUAAGUUGUAGCUUCUUUAAAAUAAAUAAUGAAAAUAAUUGAUUUCAAAAGGUCAAAACAACAGUGGGAUAUAAGCUACUUACCUGCUCAUAUGACAGUUUCUUGGGAAUUUCCGUCUGUCUUAAGUUACUUGGGAGAGUUUUGAUGAGCUUUGCACUGAAAAUGUGAUCAUCUGUAGACAACAUGUCCAAACAUGACCAAAACAAUGUUCCUCCGCGAGUAGUUUUAUAGUUCAACCACUAGAGGGCCAAAAGUUAGAGAUUUAGAGAGUGGCGGAGAAAAUUAUAAAUGAAAAACAACUUCAAAUUUCAGUUUGUUUGUAAGGUGAGCGUGAGUAAAUGAUGGCAGAGUUUUUAUUUUUAUAUGAAUUAUUCCUUUCAAGGUAAUUUCACCCAUGUUUUUAUUCGUCGCUUUAAAAGUCUAAUACAAAAGAGGUAUUGAACAUUAUACUAACUCCUGUUACUGUGGAUGCAUUGUGUUUGUAUUUAUUAUCUAGACAGUUGGUUAUGUGAUCUCAACAUGGUUUUGAGAGAGAACCAUACUUAGGUACAAUUAACCAGAUUUUUUCAGCUAAUCUUCAUAUCAUUCUUAGGGGUAAAACUUUCUUAGCGCAAAACAAAAGUGUAUAGUUUGUCUAUGAGCUGGUUGGUGCGUGAUGUGUGAUAAAACAUUUUAUUUUAUAUAGUAAUUAUUGUAUUUUGUUUGUGUGUUUUUUUGUGAGACCAUAAAAGAGGAAAAUAAAUGCAUUUAUAUAUGUAA